AUGGGAAAACUGACGAAUCUGGUUCGGCUAGGUAUCAGGUAUAAUAAGCUUCGUACGUUACCGGCUUCUCUUGAGAAUUGUAAUCAGUUAGAAGAGUUCAUCAUUGAGGGAAAUCAUCUGCAACAACUGCCUGAUGCCAUGCUCACAUGUCUCCCAAAGUUGCGAACGGUAAACCUCUCGCGCAACGAGUUAUCAGGUUUUCCGCAAGGUGGACCGCAGCAGUUUGCUUCAGCAGUUACGGUCAACAUGGAGCACAAUCGUAUUAAUAAGAUUCCGAUCGGUAUUUUCUCACGAGCCGUAGGUCUCACAAAGUUAAAUUUGAAGGAAAACGAGUUGCUCUCGUUACCUCUGGAUAUGGGCACGUGGACAUCUAUAACGGAACUGAAUCUGUCGACCAAUCAGUUAAAAGUGUUACCAGAGGACAUAGAAAAAUUGGUCAAUUUGGAGAUUCUCGUUCUGUCGAAUAACCAACUCAAAAAGAUGCCCGCGCAAAUAGGAAACCUCAAGAAGUUGCGUGAACUUGAUUUGGAAGAGAAUGAUCUGGAAACCAUUCCGAGCGAAAUUGGAUUUCUUCUCCAGUUAACCAAGUUGUGGGUGCAAUCUAACAAGCUUAUCAGCUUACCUCGCACCAUUGGCAAUCUGGCCAGCCUUCAAGAUUUGCGAGUCGGUGAAAACUCAUUAUCUUGCAUUCCCGAAGAAAUUGGACAUUUGGAUUGUCUUAAGUCUCUUUAUCUUAAUGACAAUCCCUCACUGCACAAUUUACCAUUUGAACUUGCUCUCUGCUCUUCGCUGGAGAUUAUGUCCAUUGAAAAUUGUCCGCUCAGUCAGAUUCCUCCAGAGAUUACUGCAGGAGGCCCUAGCCUUGUUAUUCAGGUAUGGUUGAGCACAUUAUUUUUUUACAUUGAAACUCCAAUGAACUCGGAGUGGCAUGAAGUUCGAUGA